AUGAGCCUUGAUCCUGCUGCAUUUCCGAGGUCGGACUCCCCCGCAAGCUCCGAGAGCUCCUUGACGCGCUCGCGCCUACAGGGAAAGGAAGGUUGGUCACAAAUGCGCAUGCUUUACUCUUCGGUUGAGCACUUGUCUAACCGAUCCAAUGAAUUAAACACAGGAUCUCUGAAGAAAGAUAAGAACUACCGCCGUUAUGCGUCGAGCGUCGAGCGGGCGUUAUCACUCUUCGACAACGCUUUACAAGAAUGGGCCGAUUACAUCUCCUUCCUCAGUCGCCUAUUAAAGGCGCUUCAAACACAUCCCCCCGACCAACCGAUCGUCCCCCAUAAAGUGAUUGUCUCGAAACGGCUUGCGCAAUGCUUGAAUCCGUCCUUACCAUCGGGUGUUCACCAAAAAGCCCUCGAGGUCUACACAUAUAUCUUUGGGUUGAUUAAACUCGAAGGACUGUCGCAUGAUCUGCCCUUAUAUCUUCCCGGUCUUGCACCGACUCUGACCUUCGCCUCGCUCACCGUCCGUCCCUUAUUCCUUUCUUUGGUAGAGGGAUACAUUGUCGACCUAGAACCGAGGGCUAUUAGACCGGCUCUGAAAGCAAUCCUUCUGGCUUUGCUGCCAGGUCUUGAAGAAGAGACCAGUGAUGAUUUCGAGCCGACUUUGCGUACAAUCAAUAAGCUUCGAGAUGCUGCUGGUGAUCUGGAGACCCAAAGAACAUCCGAGGCUGGCGCUUCAGGGCAGUACUUCUGGCAAUGUCUCUUCCUCGCCUCCAUCACCAAUUCUAGCCGACGGCUUGGCGCCCUUGCAUACCUGAAUCGCUAUCUCCCAAAGUUAGGAAUUGCAGAUCGACGACCGAGUGCAAGCGAUGCAAAUGAUGCGAAAGAAAUACCACCAGAGAUGCUGGCUGCUGCUGAUGCAGUCAUUCUACCGGAGCCGGGUUUGUUGAUCAGAUGCUUUGCAUCAGGCCUAUCGGAUGAACAACUCCUGGUGCAACGGAAUUUUCUCGACCUUCUCGUUACGCACCUACCUCUGAAUUCUCCCAUUCUCCAAACUAAAGUUCCAGAAGCAGACCUACAAACGUUGAUUAUUGCGGCAGUGGGCGUGGUUACCCGGCGAGAUAUGAGCCUGAAUCGUCGACUGUGGGCGUGGUUUUUGGGACCGGAGCCUGCGAAUGACCGGGCUUCCCUCGACGGCCGCAAGUUCUCAUCUGAAACCACACGCUCAUCUUCUGGGGAUGUAAGGGAGCUCUCGCAGUCUCAGUACUUCAGUCACGUCGGAUUGCAGCCUUUGGUGAAUGGUCUUCUCAAGAUGAUCAAGCACACCCCAUCAGCCCCAUCAGAGAGGACCAAGCCAUUCCUGUUUCUCCCUACAAUCCACAGCGUCCAGGGGUUUGCAAAAGAGGCACCCCGUGCCCACUUCGAGGAAGUUUUCCGAAGCGCAAGCGCAUUCUUCGAUGGUGUAGAAAGCAGCGUUAUAUUUUCAGAGCUUCUUGGCUUGAUUGACUUCCGCCCAAGUGACAUCGAUGGCCAUCAUGACCAAGUCUUGCACAACUUGAAGCUGGCUCAAUUUAUACUGGAGAACUUCAAUGUGCGGGAGGAAGAUAUGAUUCAGGUCCAUGUGCCUCUCCUUACAUUGUCAGUUCUCGUAAAGAUGAGUGAAGUUUCAUCAUUGCACAAGUCGCAGGCAGCACACAGUGACAACAAAAGGACCGUCUCAACCGAAUUGAACAGCGUGCUAAAGUCAAUAACUCCACUGCUCAUAGAGCGAGCCUUCUCGAGGAAAUCUAGCCAAGACAAAUCUGGCACGGACUCCAAAGCCAAGAACAGUGAAAUACUAAAGCAAAUUCAUCGCUUCUAUCAGGCGAGCAAGAGCAGCCUUGACCUUCCCCCUCUUCCAUUUGCUCCGAAGCAGGUCGGGGAAAUGAUCAUUCGGGAAGCUCUGGAUUUGUCCAUUGAAGCCUUACAAAUCAACGAUAGCGUUUCCUCUCUCCAUGAGAAACUCAAUGUGCUGGUUACGUUGCUCCAGAAGCUCCCGAGAUCACGCCUUCUCCGAGACAAGAGACUUUUCGAGGCGAUUUCUGGAAGGUUAGCUACGAGAAGUAAUAACCCUACGACAGCUGCCUUUGCGGAUAUCUCUACAAUUGCUUCUGUUAUGACAAACUUGUUUUUUAUCCAUACCCCUGGUUUCUACGUCAGUUACGAGGAUGCCAGCGAUCUCAUUCCCAGCCUAGUCGAACAUAUUUGGCAGUAUCUGUCUCCACUGAGCCCGAAGUUCCAUGUGGAAGCCGUGCGCUGUCUGUGGCUGUUACAUUCCAUAUCUUGGGUUGAGCAUCUUGUUGAAGCUUCCAUAACAUCGCUCAUGAUCAGCACCAAGACUCCCGGCUCCUACCACCUAUCAUCAGAAGAUCAGGCAGAGAAGUUUUAUGUCCUCUGGAAUCACAGCAAUCAUGGUACUCAUGAGCAACAGCCACCUAAGCAGGUCCUCAAUGUCGGAGGAAGCCUAUUCUCAUAUCAGUGCUCCAUGCUCGAACGUCCACUCUUCAUUGUUCUUGAUCUCCUGUCACAGGAACCCGGGGAUAUUUCUCUAGGUGUUCAGCAAUGGCUUCAAGAUCUGCCCUCCAUUAACAAGAUAUUUCAUGUUAUCGUUCUAAAGAUUGAGGAGCUGUUCGAACGUGAUACCCCCAGUGAAGCUGACCAAGAUAACCAAUCCAUCUCACCGGAUGAUUAUAAAGAAUGCAACUACCUGUUGCGCACGGUAUCGAACAUCAUUUCAACACUUUCUCACAGUGGCUGGAUCGCACUUCUUACGCAAACAUUAUCCGAGAUAGAGAAACGCCAGGAUGUUUCCAAGUCAGAAGAAGAUCACGCAAACUCAAAGAGCCUCCACGCUACUUUCUUCGAGGCAUCAUUAAAGAUUAUCAGUGAUCAAGCGCUUAACAACGUUCAGAUCACCCCCGAUGGGGAAAGGCUUCAAAAGGAUGCCCUCCACCUCAUGCGACAACUUCUUUUAGGCCCAGGCGCUGAAGAUCUGGUGGAAUCCGGCAUCGACGACUUGCUGGUGGACCGUCUUAUCACCGCAUCGGAUGGGAUGGGCAGUGUUGCCGUCCAGGGAGCUCUCAUUGACGCCCUUCUCGCAGCACUCAAGGUUCGGUUCGCUCAAGCUUAUGCGCCUCCGCCUCCGCCUCGACCAAAGCACCAAAGAGCAGGCUCGCGUGAACGAUUGACCAGUCCGUCCAUGCUGUCUUUUACAAGUGAUAAGGCAGAUAGAGCGCCAUCAAUUUCGCACUUCCCACGCCCUCCCGAGAGACUCUUGGACUGUCUUCUGAAAGGAAUCAGUUCAGCGAAGUCGCGAGAAAUUGUAGACAAGUGGAUUGGACUACUAUGUGAAGUGCUUCCUCUUUACACGGGAUCCAUUUUUCAAAUACUUCUCAUCCUCGUGGAGUGCUUCUGCAGGGAAAUCAAAGCUUCAUUUGGGAGACUUCAGCUUGCUUUCCAGCAAACAGAAGAUUGGCCGCAGGAUCGCUCGGAGCAUGUUACCAUAUCUAUGCUUACCGGUCUAGAGACUUGCAUUGCCCAUGCUCACGAGCGUCUUCUCGUAGAAGAGGCGAACGUUCCCGCGGCGAAGAGCCCGGACCAGCCUCAGGGCUUCUUUGGGAAUAUGGUGUCAGGGGUAUUUAACUCCGAUGGCAACCAAGGUCGCUCGAAUGCUGCUAAUGAUCGAUUGACGGUCCUUCUUUGCUUCCAAGACGCAGCUCGACUUUGUUUCUCUAUCUGGGCGUGGGGCGCUGGGGAUCGAAACGGCUCACCCCCCGAUUCAGAAUCCAUGGCAUCCUUCCAAUACACAUCUUUGCGUAUGCGAAACCGAUCACGACGGAUACUCGAGCACUUCUUUACAGCGGAGGCCCUAGAAUGUCUUGAGACAUUGGUUGAGAUGUGGACUAAAUCUGACACGGAGACUGCGACAUUGAUCUUCAGCCUUUUACACACCCUUGAAGGCUCUCGCCCGAAGAUCACGAUCCCGGCAGUUUUCAACGCCAUUUACACUCGUACCAACCCGAAUGCUUUGGACCCGGCCCGCAAGUCAUCCAUGACCUCAAACCUUACCGAGUCUGAACUUGCCAGCUUUUUGGUUGCCUACGCGCGGUCUCUGGACGAUGAUGUUCUGGACGAAAUCUGGGCGGACUGUACUACAUUCUUACGUGAUGUUCUCAGUAACCCUUUCCCUCAUCGCCAGAUUCUUCCCCGACUGAUCGAAUUCGCCGCGAUCCUGGGGGCAAAGUUGGAGAACACAACUUUUGGUGAAGAUCGCCGGAUGCGCAAAGAGCUCGGUGAUGUACUGCUACGGUUGCUCACGGCUGUUUUCACCAGCAAGCCACUGGGACUUAACCAAGACAGUGGCUACAUGGCGAGAUCGUCCCUCGACUAUGACCGCACCGCAGUAUCUCAUACCGGGCCCGAUGACAUGUUGAGCAUCCUUGCCGUUUCCAUGCCCUCCUUCAUCACUACUUUAGGUGAUUCAGACCGUAUCAAUACCGCGAUCAGCGGCAUGUCUACCAAUGUUGUUGGACCAUUGAUUCGCUCCCGCCUAUUCCCCAAUAACCUGAACCGCAAUGUCAUGGUCCUUCUACAGCAGAUGGCCAAAGUCCCGGCAGCAGCGAAAAUUUGGAAGAAAGACAUCUCCGAUGCAUUCAAUGACCCACGUUUCUUCGGAUUGCAAGUGGAUCUUAUCAAGAGCACUUGGAUGGACCUCCUCCGGCAAUGGACUCUUGCUGAUAAGGAUCGUUUCGCUGAGCUGCUGGGUCGCCUCCCACCACCAAGCGCAGCAGGCAUCAUGUUCGGCGUGGGGGCGUCUGCAGCGCGAUUGGAGGCCGAUCGUAAAGCACAGCUCAAUCUCCGUCGCAUUGCAUUACUCAUCUUGUCUGCCAACACCGACUAUUUUGUGGGUGAGCUCCCAAGUUUGCUCCAGAAAUUCGAAGAUCUCCUGGCGGCCACUAGCUCCUCGUCGCCAUCAUCAGCGACGCGAGCAGAAAUAUUCAUGGUCCUUCGUGCCCUGACAAUCAAGACGUCGCCCUCAACCAUGGCGCCCUUCUGGCCGUUGAUCAACGCCGAGCUGCAAGAAGCUAUCUCUGCUGUGCCCCGAGGCUCUCAAUCAGAUCUUUACAGCCCUUACUCACUAUUACAGGCCUGCAAGUUAUUGGACGUGCUUUUGGUCAUUGCCCCCGACGAUUUCCAACUACUGGAAUGGCUUUUCGUCACCGAUACCAUCGAUGCUGUCUACCCGCCCGAUCGGUGGGAGCCUGUCUCCUUAGCCGACGAGAUAUCGCAAAGCUUCGGUCCGCGUGGGGUGCUAUCCCCGGCUCUUCCUGGCGAGGUAGCAGAGCCUGUGACUCGCAGCGGCCUGAAGCGGCCCUGGCUCGUUUCAGAUCGAAUUCGGGAGACAGCCAAGGAUGAGAUUGUCGAGAGAGUUCUGCGACCGUUCUUUGACAGACUCAGCAUUUAUGUCUUUGAGAGUACGUACGGGAUGGAAGCUGUGGAUACAAGAGUCUGUCUAGAUGAUUUAUUGGCGGAUUUAUUCAAUGAGAGCACUAUGGCGAACUAA